AUGGAAAACCAGAAAUUGAUCCUCGUUAUUGGAGGAACCGGUGCACAGGGUAGUUCUGUCGUCAAGGCACUCGCCGCGAGUGGUCGCUACAGUGUUCGAAUUCUGACUCGAAACCCAUCUUCAAAUCAAGCUACCAAACUAGGUGCUCUACCGAACGUGACACUCUUGCAGGGUUCACAGGAUAACCAGAAGGACCUUCACACUGCGUUCACUGGUGUCUACGGAGCAUGGGUCAACCUAGAUGGAUUUACAAUCGGAGAAAAGAGCGAACUAUUCUACGGUGUCCGGGCAUAUGAAAUUGCUCGUCACCAGGGUGUCAAGCAUUACAUUUUUGCAAACUCUGACUACGCCUUCCGAAAGGCUGGGUGGGACGAGAAGUACCACUGGGGACAUAACGAUGCCAAGGGUCGUGUCGGCGAUCUGAUUUUGAGUCAUGGACAAUCCACCAUGAAGACUUCACUUUUGACCACGGGACCGUAUAUGGAUAUGCUCUUUGAUGGAAUGUUUGUUCCUGAGGAACAAGCCGAUGGGUCAUUUGUCUGGGAAAAUCCUGCUGCGGGUGGUAAAAUCCCACUCAUUGCUCUCGAUGAUGUUGGCGCCUACAGCUUAUGGAUAUUUGACAACCCCUCUGAGUCCGCUGGGCUCGAUCUCGAGGUUGCGACAGAUCAAGUCAGCUUCGCUGAGAUUGUGGCCAUAUUUACCAAGGUGACUGGGAAGCAGGGUAUACACAGAGUUCUGCCUCUGGAGGAGUAUCUAGCCAAGGCAGAGCCGUACCCAGGAGCCUAUUCAAACUGGGCCGUCAAAACCGAUGCGCCUCGCGACGAGUCAUUCAUGACCUGGCGUGAGAAUUUUGCGGCCUGGUGGCGUUAUUGGGGCGAGGGAAAAGGAGCUACCCGCAGCAUGGAGUUCCUUGAUCGUAUUCACGGCUCUCGUAUUCCUAGUUUGGAGGCAUGGAUGAGAUUGAAGAAUUAUGAUGGUCGCCCUCAGUCUGUCUUGAAAGAUCUUCAUGAGCUGAGAAAGGGCGGGGUGACCAGCGAGUAA